GUCAGACGCCACAGCGCGGGCCGAGGGCCGGAGGGUUGCCGCAGCGCAGUGAAGCGUUGGGCCGGAGCGAGGGGCUUGGCGGCGUUGCUGGGGCGGCCCUGCGCUUCUCCCACCCAUGAGGAGCCGGAAGCUCGCAGGGGGAGUGCGGUCCUCGGCGCGCCUGAGAGCCCGGAGCUGCGCGGCCAGGUUGGCCUCCGCCCAGGAAGCGGGGAUCGCCCCGCCCACCAGGACGGUAUGUCAGACUUCUGCGUCACACAAAGCCGCGGACAGGCGGACUUCCAAGAAGUUCAAGUGUGACCGAGGGCAUCUUGUGAAAUCAGAACUACAGAAACUGGUCCCCAAGAGCGAGGUCACCACCCUGCCCCGCGCGUCCCCGGAGGCCCCUCGCAAGGACGAGCCCCUGGAGCUGGCCGACAGCGGCCCCGAGGCCCCGGGGGAGGAAGCCGGCGUCUGCACCGCCCGGGAGACCACGGGCCUGCCCUUCGGGCACGGCCGGGUCGUGCGUGAUACUGGCCCAGCGGGGACAGAAGACAGCCUGCCCGCCGCCCUUCCAGGCCCCGGGCUGAACAGCAGCCCCCCUGCGGGGGGCGGGUCCGCCGCGCAGGGGACCGAGCCGGCCCGGACGCCGCCGCUGCACCUGGACGGCAGCGUCUUCCUGGACGACGACAGCAACCAGCCGAUGCCGGUGAGCAGGUUCUUCGGCAACGUGGAGCUGAUGCAGGACCUGCCACCGGCGACUUCAUCUUGCCCUUCGGUGAGCAGACGCGAGUUCAGGAAAAUGCAUUUCAGAGCCAAGGAGGACGAGGACGAGGACGAGGACGCGGAGAUGUAGGGAACGGAGCAUGCGCGCCGACCUCGCGCCUGUGCGGCGCAGUUAACAUCGGCCGUGGAGCAGAUUACGGACGUGUCAAACGUGUCCCCGAGAGGGAGUGUCCCGAGUCACGCUUCCGGGGGCGGCUCCCCCGGCAGCGGAAACUGGUCUGCACCGGCCCGUCUUCCCUCCUCCCUCCGCAGGGUCCCGGUCCCGGGGGAGGGUGCGGGGCGGGGGAGGGUGCGGGGCGGCCGGGGCUGGCUGGCCGGGACAACCCCGUAGAGAAUCUGCUCUUCGCUUAAGCUCUUUAGUUUUGACGACACUCGAGCCCGGUUUCCUUGGUGGGAAUUCGAUCGUUCUCGUGAUCGACUCAGUGACAGUUCUUAAAGAACGCGCCUUUCUUUGUGUAUAUGAAGCUGACGUUUAUCUUGGAAGUUUUGCAAGAAGCAUAUGGGGAAAAUAAAGUAUAUUUUGAAAAUA